AUGGUGCUGCUUGCCCGGGCUCUAUGGAGUAGAUGUACUCCGAGGUACGGUCACCUAGCAGCGUACUGCCGUUCUCAGAAUAUAUCAGCCCCAAGUCACAUAUAUCUCCAGACCUCCAGAUUCAACUGGUCGUGCCAGACUUCGCGCGGCUCAUGGACAACAUUGUACCCUACAGCUCAGUCGAGGCGAUCAUCGACCUCGGCAUCAACCACACCAGCACCAGACCUUCCACAGCAGGGCCUACCUACCGUCUACAAACCACCCAGUACCGGGAUCAUCUCCAAACUCCCAUCAUCAUGGAUCCCGUACGCCGAGCUGAUCCGCCUUGACAAGCCAGCCGGAACCUACUAUCUCUUCUAUCCAUGCCUGUUUUCCACCCUUCUGGCUGCACCCAUGGCAGUGCCCAUGGCGACACCACUUGAAGUGCUGUCUACGACGGCAUUAUUCUUCGCCGGCGCCGUGAUCAUGCGUGGAGCCGGCUGUACCAUCAAUGAUCUGUGGGACCGGAAUCUGGAUCCUCACGUCGAACGGACACAGCUACGACCGAUUGCACGAAAAGCGAUAUCUGUGGAAAAGGCGGUUGUUUAUCUGGGUGCCCAACUUCUUACUGGCUUGACUCUUCUGUUACAAUUCCCCCUGCCUUGUUUGUACUAUGGCGUGCCGAGUCUUCUCCUGGUCGCCACCUAUCCUCUGGCCAAGCGGGUGACACACUAUCCCCAAUUUGUUCUCGGCCUGACUUUCUCCUGGGGUGCCAUCAUGGGCUUUCCCGCUCUGGGGAUUGAUCUCUUGUCCGAUCCAUCCGCCCUGGCAGCCGCGGCGGCCCUGUAUUCCAGCUGUGUGGCAUGGACGCUCACGUACGACAUGGUAUAUGCCUACAUGGACAUCAAAGACGACGCCAAAGCAGGCAUCAAAUCAAUCGCCCAAGCGCACGAGCAUAACGCAAAGGCCGCCCUUUCCGUCUUCUCGACCGUCCAGGUCGGCCUUCUCGCGACAGCGGGAUAUUUCGCGGCAGCCGGACCUAUCUUCUUCAUCGGGAGCUGCGGAGGUGCGGCAUUGACGCUGGGCACCAUGAUCCGGCGGGUGAACCUGAAAGACGUGAGGGAUUGUUGGUGGUGGUUUAAGAACGGAGCAUGGCUCACAGGUGGAGCAAUGUCAGUCGGCUUGCUCGGUGACUACCUGUACCGCCGGUCGAAAGAGGAGUCGAAGGGCACUGUACAACCCAUUGCGGCAUGA